AUGGCUGAUGUGUCUCAGGUGACAAAGUUACACCCGUCUGCGGUCGAUGUGUUCCCCUGGGCGUCGAAUGUCUGUGGGGCCGGCCAUAUCGAAACUACAGGCGUACAUAAGUACCCUGCUGACCAAACCUGGGUCAAAGUGCCCCGGAUCAUUGACGCAAUGUGGAUAAUGGAGCAAGACGUUGGAACUACAGGUUCUGACGACUCUGCCUCGGAAGACGAGGGCAAGAGCCACUUUACGCCGCGGUCUGAAGAAAGUCGAAAUAUGUUUUCGCCAAUCACUCCCACUGGAGGCAAUGUCUGCCCGCCCGAAUAUUCUUAUUCGCCACUUAGUACGUACCAAAGUUCUCUCGUUGGAGCCUUUGGAGCCCCUCAAGGCCCUGUAGGGCGUACCCCGAUGCAAAGUCCUCUUUCUGGAGCUUUUGGAGCCCCUCAAGGCCCUGUAGGGCGUACCCCGAUGCAAAGUCCUCUUUCUGGAGCCUUUGGAGCCCCUCGAGGUCCCGUAGCGCCUAUCCCGAACGUGUCAUAUGUCGUCCGUAAUGUCUUCCUCCCACCUGAGUCGCCGGCGAGAGAGAUGUCGAAAGGUCAGCCACUCUUGCAGAAUAACUUCGAUCUUAUCCUCCCACCUGAGUCGUCGGCGAGAGAGAUGUCGAAAGCCCCGGUGUCGGUGUACUCGAAUGAUGUAGUUUGGCCACUCAGAGACCCAGAAGAAGCUUACCUGUUCGAGCAUUAUGUCCAGGAGCUUGCAAGAUGGCUGGAUCUUUGUGACCCAAAUCAUCAUUUCCAGAUUGAAGUCCCUCGGCGUGCUCCCAACUGCUCACUUCUACUCAACGCUAUUUUUGCGUUGUCUGCACGACACUUGAGUCUUACCCGCAAAUAUGACAAGGGAGCGUCGAAUCGCUAUCAUGCUCAGUGCAUCAAACUUAUGAUUCCCAUGCUGGGCCUCGCGGAAACCAACUCGGAUGAGACCCUCUUUGCAUCUAUGAUCGUGCUGCGGGUUUUGGAAGAGAUUGAACUGCUCGUGGGUGAGCCUCAGACAUUGAGCCACCUCUCCGGUAUCCAGAGUUUCAUCAAACUCCAUGGCGUGUCCAUUAUGAAGGGUGGCUUGAGCGAGGCAGCUUUCUGGGUCGGUUUACGGCAAGAGAUAUACGUUGCAACAAUAGCUGAAAGGCCUAUCACCAUCGACAUGAACGCCUGUCUGGUAGAUCGCUCUUACGGACCUACGUCUGACUUUGGCUGGGCAAAUAGAGCUGUCGUCCAUCUUGCAGAUGUUUUGAACUGUUGCUUCGACGACAGUGGUGUAUGUGCGGUCACGUGGACUAGGCUGAGGGAAUACAGCGAGCGAUGGGCAGAAUUGAAGCCAUCUUCUUUCACUCCUUACUUCUACAAAGAGGCAGACCGACACAAGCCGGAACCGGAUGUGUUUCCCGACAUACGGCACACUCACCCAUGCCAUAUAAUUGGCAUUCAGCAUCACAAACUCGCUCAGAUCCUACUUCUGACGCACGACCCUCGAUUACCUCGAAUAGGAGGGAGCCGCAGCACUGCGGAGCUUACUGUCAAGUUUGAAACGAUGAAGAUUUUGAGAGAGCUCUGCGGAAUCGGACUGUCGAAUCGUGGUGUUGCGCCGGGGCUAUUCACCGCAUGCAUGGGCAUCAACAUGUGCGGCGAUCUCUUCGACGAUACCCUCGAACAGGACGCCAUCAUACGAGUCCUCGUUGAAACGGAAAAGGUGCACGCGAGGCCCACCAAGGCCAUCCAGGAGCAAAUGCAUAAAGCCUGGGGGAGGCUUGAGAAAUCUUAG